GCCACCGCCGCCGAGCGCGGGCUCUCGCUCUUGUGGCCCUCUCCUCGCCCCGCCCGGCCUGCCCGCCUCCGGAGCCGCCUUUGCCCUCGGAUGGGCUGGGGAAGUUGGGAGGAGCGAGUCGGAGCCCGCGCCGGGCGAGCCCCUCCGCUCCCUGCCUCGGCGCCCGCACUCCGGGCACAGCGCGCCGGCUGCAGGAGGGCGGAUGCCCUUACAAGCUGCGGGCAGACAGGUCUUGGGCCCCGAGGCUGCCGGCAGACUAUGGGUACAACGGCUAGCACAGCCCAGCAGGCGAUCUCGGCGGCUGCCCCCUUCGAGGGCCUCCAGGACAGUGGCACGAUGGAUGGUCGGCACUCAGUCAGCGUCCACUCCUUCCAGACCACAGGCUUGCCCAACAGCAAGGCCAAGUCCAUCAUCCCCAACAAGGUGGCCCCUGUCGUGAUCACGUACAACUGUAAGGAGGAGUUCCAGAUCCAUGAUGAACUGCUCAAAUCCCAUUACAGGCUGGGCCGGCUCUCGGAUGCCACCCCCGAGCACUACCUGGUGCAGGGCCGCUACUUCAUGGUACGGGAUGUUUCAGAGAAGAUGGAUGUGCUGGGCACUGUGGGGAGCUGUGGGGCCCCCAACUUCCGGCAGGUGCGAGGCGGGCUUGCUGUAUUCGGCAUGGGACAGCCCAGCCUCUUGGGGUUCAGGCGGGUUCUCCAGAAACUCCGGAAGGAUGGACAUAGGGAGUGUGUCAUCUUCUGUCUGCGGGAGGAGCCUGUCCUUUUUCUGCGUGCCGAUGAGGACUUCAUGCCUUACACACCCCGAGACAAGCAGAACCUUCAGGAAAACCUCCAGGGCCUCGGGCCCGGGGUCCAGGCGGAGAGCAUGGAGCUGGCCAUCCGCAAAGAGAUCCACGACUUUGCCCGGCUCAGUGGGAACACCUACCACGUCUACCAUAGCACGGAGGAUCUCCAGGGCGAGCCCCAUGCUGUGGCCAUCCGGGGCGAGGACGAUGUGCAUGUGACAGAGGAGGUGUACAGGCGGCCCCUCUUCCUGCAGCCCAUGUACAGGUACCAUCGGCUGCCUCUGCCAGAGCAAGGGGCCCCCCAGGAAGCCCAGUUUGAUGCCUUUGUCAGUGUCAUCCGGGAGACCCCCAGCCUGCUGCUGCUCCGUGACACCCAAGGGCCUCCCCCCGCCCUCCUCUUCAGCUGCCAGACGGGCAUGGGCAGGACCAACCUGGGCAUGGUCCUGGGCACCCUCCUCCUCCUUCACCACGGUGGGACCACCUCCCAGUUAGAGGCUGCCGCCACAGCGCCCAGGCCGCUGCCCAUGGAGCAGUUCCAGCUGAUCCAGAGCUUUAUCCACACGGUGCCGCAGGGAAGGAAGAUUGUGGAGGAGGUGGACCGAGCAGUCACCGCCUGUGCAGAGCUGCAUGACCUGAAAGAAGUAGUCUUGGAAAACCAGAAGAAGCUGGAAGGCGUCCGGCCAGAGAGCCCAGCCCAGGGAAGUGGCAGCCAGCAGAGUCCCCGGCAGAGGGUGCUGCGGAGCCUGGAGCGGUACUUCUACCUGAUCCUGUUUAACUACUAUCUCCAUGAGCAGCACCCGCUGGCCUUUGCCCUUAGUUUCAGCCGCUGGCUGUGUACCCACCCGGAGCUGUACCGCCUGCCCGUGACCCUGAGCUCAGCGGCGCCCCUGGUCCCCGGGGACCUUAUUGCCAAGGGCUCUCUGGGGCCAGACGACCUUGUCUCCCCAGACGCGCUCAGCACUGUCAGAGAGAUGGACGUGGCCAACUUUCGGCGGGUGCCCCGGGUGCCCAUCUAUGGCACGGCCCAGCCCAGUGCCAAGGCCCUGGGGAGCAUUCUGGCCUACCUGACUGAUGCCAAGAGGAAGCUGCGGCACGUCGUGUGGGUCAACCUGAGGGAGGAGGCCGUGCUGGAGUGCAACGGGCACACCCACAGCCUGCGGUGGCCUGGGCUCCCCACGGCCCCUGACCAGCUGGAGAACCUGGAGACUCAGCUGAAGGCCCACCUGAGUGCACCUCCCCCGGGUGCAGAGGGCCUGCGGACCCCCAGGUUCCAGACAUGCCUCACCAUGCAGGAGGUUUUCAGCCAGCACCGAGGGGCCUGCCCUGGCCUCACCUACCACCGUAUCCCUGUCCCAGACUUCUGUGCCCCCCGCGAGCAGGAUUUUGACCGGCUGCUUGAGGCCCUGCGGGCCGCCCUUGCCAAGGACCCAGGCACCGGCUUCGUGUUCAGCUGCCUCAGUGGCCAGGGCCGCACCACGACCGCCAUGGUGGUGGCUGUGCUCACCUUCUGGCACAUUCACGGCUUCCCCGAGGUGGGUGAGGAGGAGCUCGUCAGUGUGCCUGAUGCCAAGUUCACCAAGGGCGAGUUUGAGGUGGUGCUGAAGGUGGUGCAGCUGCUGCCCAACGGGCACCGAGUGAAGAAGGAGGUGGACGCUGCGCUGGACACAGUCAGCGAGACCAUGACGCCCAUGCACUACCACCUGCGGGAAAUCAUCAUCUGCACCUACCGCCAGGCAAAGGCAGCCAAGGAGGAGCAGGAGGCGCGGGGGCUGCAGCUGAGGAGCCUGCAGUACCUGGAGCGCUACAUCUACCUGAUCCUCUUCAACGCCUACCUCCACCUGGAGAAGGCCAGCUCCUGGCAGAGGCCCUUCAGCACCUGGAUGCGGGAGGUGGCGACGUCAGCCGGAGUCUACACGAUCCUCAACCAGCUGGGCUUCCCGGAGCUCGAGGGCACGGAGGAGCAGCCCUUCUCGCGGCUGUGCUACCGGUGGCAGGAGCAGAGCCACGGCCCCCAGGCCUGCGCUGGGGACCUCCCGUAGGAGGGGUUCCCUCCUGCCCCAGCCCUACCCUCAGGUCCCGCAUGCUGGGGGUGCCCCAGGUGCUCCUCACGGGGUCUGGCUCAGAGGGGUGCAGGCCUCGAGAAAAGGAGUUCCCACCUUCUCAGAGACACUGCGGUGGGGUCGGGACCCCUUUUAGAAAGAGAUCUUUAUAAGGGCGUUUAGAUACCGCACAGUCACACCUUAUAAAGGACGGAGGCAUGUGGUCAGCCCCGCCCCCUGGCGUGUGCGCCUUGCAGACAGGCCAGCGUUUGGCCUCCGAGGAAUGUACCCCCAAAUUGCCAAGCAAAGCUAAUCACUACUUCUGCCCUUUCCUCUCCCCUCCUAGAAAGUUCUAACAGUCCCUGGCACAGAGCAGACACCUGGCCAAUGUUUGUCUCCUUCCCUUUCUUCCUUGUGCUGCUCUUCCCUGUUUCCUCUCCCCUUUUUGCUGCCUGAGCACUGCUCUCGGGCUGCCUGGCUGCCUGGGAGGGGUGUCUGGGUGGAUUUAUUAUUUUAAAGGCAGCUUCACCCAGUUUUCUUGCUUGUAAUGCCCCAACCUGGGAGACUUCAAGAGGGACAACCCCUGUGGCCUGAUGGGUCCCCUUUUUCCCCUCCCUACUUCCCCUGGGCCUGGCAGGAGUGGGGAGUUUCCCUGAAAGAGCUAGAAACAUGCAGGGAGUCUCUCUCAGGGCAGAAAAAGUUUCCAGAAGGUGGGAUGGAGCCCUGUGUAGGUGGCCUGCUCGAUUUGCCGGGGAGCCUGGGCAGGAGAUGCCGAGGAAGCCAAAGCUCCUCCCUGCCCCAACAGUCCAGGAGGGGCCGUGCCCCCACCUUCCUGUGGCAGGAGCCCCGAGGGCUGCUGGGCUCAGGGCUCCGGCAUUGCUGCCUGAGUGAACUGUGGAGUGUGGCUGUGGCCUGAGGAUGGUGUGAGGAGGUCCAGGGCCCCUGGAAUCCAGGCCAUCCUUGCUGGGAACUGCUGAGCCACCUCCCACUGGAAACAGAAAGGGCCAGGCCCUGCUGAGUUAGAGACCACUGGCUUCCACUCUGUCCAGACAGUGGGAAGACUGCAUGGAGGAGGCGGCGGAGGCGGAGUUUGAGUUGAGCUGGGGCUAAGUGUGUACAGAGCUUGACUAGGGGGAGGCUGUCCACCUAGCCUGGUGGGCUGGAGCCAGGGAAGCCUUGCUUUGGUUGGGCCCAUGAAAUUCUGCAGAAAAACUGAUGUGUGAUUUGUCAUGACAUUUGAAAAGAGGAAAAAAAGCUGCAGUUGUUCAUAUUGACCCGGCAUUAGGAAAUAUUUGACCACGUUGCCUGAUUUAUUUUGCAGAACUACUGUAUGUCUGUUCAUUACCUUUUCAGAUUUGUUGGUAUUGUUAUUUUUAUUUUUGCAUGUAUUAAAAAGUUUAAUUUCUUCACAGACAAGGUCUAGUUGAGGGUCAGAGAUCAGGGCUGAACUGGGAGGGAUCCUUAGCGAUCUCAUGGCUGGCCCUGACUUUCAGCUGUGCUGUGGCCACUGGACGGUCACUCCACCUCUCUGCCUCAGUUUCCCCAUCUGUAAAAUGGGAAAAUAAUACUUGCCUACCUCACAGGGGUGUUGUGAGGAUGCCUUUGUGUUUUUGUUUUUUUU